UGACGCUGACGCCGCAGAAAAUUUCGAGAAAUAUAUAGAUCCACCCGGCCCCCUCCCCAACCCGCAGCCAGCCAGAGCCGCGUGUAGUCCACGAAGACAGGUUCCUCCGCCACGAACGAGGGCGCCGGCGCGCAGCUCAGCUCCCGGCCAGAGAAGAGCCCACGCGUCGACGUGCUCCGUCUGAGUGGAGCGCACGAGCGACGACCGGCGGCCAGGGUGGGAGUUGAUCGAGGCGCCUCGGCUGAGUGGAGAGAGAGAGAUGGACCGCAAGGAUGUCGGGAUCCUCGCCAUGGACAUCUACUUCCCGCCCACCUGCGUGCAGCAGGAAGUACUUGAGGCUCAUGACGGAGCUAGCAAAGGGAAGUACACCAUUGGUCUUGGGCAAGAUUGCAUGGCCUUUUGCAGCGAGGUGGAGGAUGUCAUCUCAAUGAGUUUAACUGUCGUCACUUCCAUACUGAAAAAGUACAAGAUUGAUCCGAAGCUGAUUGGUCGCUUGGAGGUUGGCAGUGAGACAGUAAUAGACAAAAGCAAAUCCAUCAAGACUUGGCUGAUGCAAAUCUUCGAGGAAAGUGGUAAUACCGACAUUGAAGGAGUUGACUCCAGCAAUGCGUGCUAUGGUGGGACUGCAGCCCUGUUAAAUUGCGUGAAUUGGGUCGAAAGUAACUCCUGGGAUGGACGCUAUGGUCUUGUUGUUUGCACGGACAGCGCGGUUUACGCGGAAGGGCCAGCUCGUCCAACAGGGGGCGCUGCUGCUAUUGCAAUGCUCAUUGGUCCUAAUGCUCCUAUUUCAUUCGAGAGUAAAUUUAGAGCUUCUCACAUGGCUCAUGUUUAUGAUUUCUACAAGCCUGAUCUUGCAAGUGAAUAUCCGGUUGUUGAUGGUAAACUAUCCCAAACAUGCUAUUUGAUGGCUCUAGACUCGUGCUACAGACAGUUCUGCAGCAAGUACGAGAAGAUUGUGGGGAAACAAUUUUCAAUUUCUGAUGCGGAAUAUUUUGUGUUCCACUCUCCAUACAACAAGCUUGUGCAGAAGAGUUUUGCUCGACUUUACUACAAUGACUUCAUGCGCAACUGCAGCUCUGUUGAUGGUGAUGCUAAAGAGAAGCUCCAGCCUUUUUCAAAUUUGACUGGUGAAGAGAGCUACCAGAGUCGCGAAUUGGAAAAGGCCGCACAACAAGUUGCGAAGCACUUGUAUGAUAUCAAAGUUCAGCCGUCGACUCUGCUUCCAAAACAAAUUGGCAACAUGUAUACAGCAUCCCUUUAUGCUGCACUGGCAUCUGUACUGUAUAACGAGCAUGGUAGCCUGGAUGGCCAAAGAAUUGUCAUGUUCUCUUACGGCAGUGGCUUGACAUCCACUAUGUUUUCGUUGAGGCUAAACAAUGGCCAGCACCCCUUCAGUUUAUCAAACAUUGCAUCAGUGCUUGAUGUCACAGAGAAGCUUCAGUCGAGACAUGAGACCUUACCUGAGAAAUUUAUUGAGACGCUGAAGCUGAUGGAGCACCGAUACGGCGCUAAGGAUUUCGAGACGAGCAAAGACGCGAGCAUGUUGCCGCCAGGGGCGUUCUAUCUCACCAGGGUUGAUUCCAUGUACCGAAGGUUCUAUGAUCAGAAGGCGGCCGAGGAAACUGUCGCAGGCAAAGCUAAGUGCUGCAACGGCUUCGCAAAUGGCCAUUAGUGGCAUGCCAUGAACUCCUAGUUCGCUGCGCUGUUGCUCGUCGUGCUCUGUACUUUGAUACUGUUAUGGUUAGAAUUUCCAGCCUAGUUUGUUUCUGAAAUAAUUGUUUUCUGCUGCGGAUAUUUGUUUUGUAUUCAUCUGAACAGUGACCAGUGAAAUUCAAAGUCGUUUCUUUUA